CGCGUACGCGAUGACAUUCUGAAAAAAUCAAAUAUCGAAAGCGAACGAUCGAAUUUUAAAAAUAUUCGAAAUUCGAGUGUAGUUUGUGGUGUGCGAAUAAAUCCUUUUAACCGACAAUUUAUUAUACAUGGUGUUAUUUUUUGGAUAUGCUCCAACCGAGAAUAAGUAACAGUGGGGGCGGAGCUUUCAGGAUGUCACCGAAGCGGAGCUUUGUCGUGCUCGCUGCGCUUUUCUUGUGCACGACUCUGACGACAUGUCAAGAUUUUAAUUCUGAUGGAACAAUCGAAUCAUCAAGAAUCAAAAGGGAAGGAGGCCCAGAAAACAGGGACUUGACAGUACUCCUUGUGAAUCAGAAGAGAAACGAAUACAAUACGAAGGUCGGAAGGUAUCACAGCGUCAAACCUCUCAUCGGCUUGUUGACGUCGACAGCGAGGACUUUCAUCCAGGACGGUGUCACCACGGAAUAUGCGACCCAAAUCCUCGGCACCACCUUGGACAAUGGGCGCAUAUACGCACAGCUCCUCACCAAGUCUUCUUUAGUGUUGUACAAUAAGCCUUCUGCUGUCGAUGAGCCUGUCAUUGUCAAUCCGACGCGUAUACAUUCCGCUUUCGAUGGACAAUGGAACGUCAAGCAAGAUUUAGGCUUCAUAGACCCCGAGAAUUUCGUAUUAAAAAAUACAGAUUACUUGGCGCCUAAUAGUAUGAUGGAAAUCGUCUAUGCCAGUAAACCAGUUCAAGAUGUUAAUUACUGGAGUCCGUCAGCUCCUGAAAGCCAAACUGAAAACCAACUCGAUGAGCCGGUGGCACGCAGAGUGCAACCAGUUAAAGAGAUUCCGCGUUAUGUUCAGAAUGACGCCUUAAACUAUCUUGACGGUCCAGUCAUCGAAAGCGAGAAGAAAUUCGAAUUUUUCGUUGAACCUACCCAAAUAGCUUACAAUAACCCGGUCUAUAGACAAAGUAAGGCUUACGAACAUAUAGCCGAACCUGUCAAACCAGUUAUACGCAAUGAACCUUUGCCAGAGGAGCUUAAUAUUAGUAAAGUUAAACCUAAUUACGAUUUACCGACAUUUACGAUUAAAAACGAAUUCUCUCCGAUAUUUUAUUAUAUAGAUAACGUUGAAACGCGCAAGCAAUUUCAACCAGCAGUCCAACAGACUAAAACGCCUAAGAAGUUGUUUGGACAAAAAAGCGAACCUAGACCUAAGAAAACUUUCACGUAUGCCGGAUUUGCCGAUUUUACGACGGUCGUUGGAGAUACUGUUAUUAUAUUUACGCCAAAUACUGAAACCAGUCAACCACAGCACCCUGGGGAAGUUAAUGUUUUUCCAUCGGCUAAACCAGUUCAAAAGUUAGGUUCUAAGAUAACUUUCCUUGCCUCUGAUAUUCCUGUAGCAAGUUCCACAUAUAAAGCACACGAAGAUAUCUCUCCAACUAAAAUAAUAACGUCCAUUUCUAGUGAAGAUAAUAAUAGAUCCGAGAAAGCCCUUUACAAUGACGAAGAGAGCCUCAAAAAAGUCCUGUAUCAAGUUGAUGAUGUUAUUCCAGAUACAAUGAGUGUUCAGUUUGAUCAUAAUUUUGGUCUUAAUGUGGACGUUAUUCAACCAUCAGAAGUUUCUGUAUCUACAACAGAAAGCACACGCUUAACUGACUUUUUGGGUGUUAUACCGAUCCAAGAUUUUAGUUCUAAGCCGACGGAUCCUUUGAGCUCCGUUUCUCCGACACCAAUGGUAGUGGAAUCUUCUCAAGAAACCGUGGUCACAGAACCAAAUACUGUUGAUGUUUUUACAAAUUCCGAAGAAGAGAGUGAGAACACUGCUGCUGAAGUAAGUGAGACCGCAGAAGAAGACCAAGAAGAUGAGGAAGAAAACGAGACAACAACGGAGGCAUCACAAGCGUUAUUUACUACAACAGAAAGUGGGCAUAGUGAUGAAUCGUCAGAAGAUUUUGAAACUACCACUGAAGCGAAGGUAUUCGUAACGGAACCUGAACAAAAUAACGAUGAACAGGGCACUGAGGAUGAUGAGGAUGAUGAAAAUGAUAGCAACGAAAACAUUGAAACCUAUAAUGAAGAACACGAAACACAUGAAGACGUGUUUUGCACUAAUGGUUUAGAAACACAAUCUACAAUGACUACUGCUUACAAGACACUUACAUAUCUGACAACUUAUUUUAUUACAUUAGAAAACACUGAAACAACAACCUCUGUAAAAUCGGAUGUGGUUGUAGAAAGUAACAUUGGCUACUUUACAAAUGUUGUGUGUCGAACUAACUUUGAGAUCGAACCAACUGCAGUUGUUUCUAUUGAUGUAAAUUAUUCUGUACAUUCCAAUUUGGAAACCCCAGAAACGCAAUCAGAAGAACCAACAACUAAAACAAGUAUAGAGAUUGAAUCUAGCACUGAAGACUAUAAAACAAUAGUAGCUAAGCAAGAAAUCGAAAAUGUACCUCAAGGUGAAACGGUUAAUGAAGAAAAUAGAACAUCAUCUGAUGAAAGUAGCGCUGAGGCAAACAAUGAUGGAAAUGAAGAGAAACAGCCGACUACAUCGACAACCACCACCAGUACAACUACUACUACUACAGAAAGGGGGAACGAGAACAAUGAAAGAGAAACUACCAGUGAAAAUCAUACUGAGGAAACAGAAAGAGUCGGACAAGGUGUCGUUACAACGACUGAAUCACUGCUCGAUGAAGAUAAGGUGGAUGAUGAAGAAAAUGAGAUCGAUGUCAUAUAUAAAACACUUUACACUACUUACACAUACUUUACGACGUUCUUCGGAGACGAAUCAUCAAGUGUAGCCAGUCAUAAAUCAGUGGUUACAAAUAUUAUUACAUCUACGAUUGAUCUGAACAAGUUAGACCCUUCGUUACUAGGUGCUUUUGAUGAAGGAGAAAUAGCACCAACUAGUGUCGGUGUAGGGCGUCCGACUGAAUCAGUGGCCAUUAACAGUAUAAUUGAUUUGGUGAAAAACAAAGACGUUAUUGAAUCUGUUGAAGUUGAUGAAGUAUACAGUUCCCAGACGCCAACUCCAUCUUUAGGUGACGAUGUUGUUGCAAGUAUCAAGCCAGAUGCCGUAAAAACAUAUUUCACAACUUAUACAUUCUUCACAACUAUAUUUGUUGGUACUGAUGCAAAUGUCUGCAGUAGAAGUGAAGUAUACACAAACUAUGUAGGACCUGAUGCACUAGUACCAACAAAGAGUAACUCGCUCGCAGCAGAAAGUACAAGAGCUCAAUUCGACUUUAGGAAUUGUAGGCAAGUCAAAAUGGACCCCCCCUCAAAUCCUGAAGAUAACUCGUCUAUGGAAAAGACUAUCAGUGUUGAACAGAUGGAGCAAACUCAUAGCGAAACCAAGAAAGAAUUAAUUCAACCUAAUCCUCUUGAAGUUGAUAUGUUGUUUAGUGUAGAGGCUAAACCCUUAGAAUCUGACAAUUCAAAUUAUGUAACAGACGUCAAGUCCUCAUCAUCUAAAGGAGAAAGGCAAUAUUUAGAUAAUAACAAUGUAUUGGAUGAUCAAAUAAGUUCAGAGAGUAACAUCGAUGAAAUUUUGCCAUCCCCUACUCUUUUGCUACAGACUAGCUACACAACAUUUACGUAUUUUACGACAAUGUAUAUUGGUAAAGAUUCUAGUAAAGUCAAAAGUCACUUAGAAACUAUCACCAACGUUGUCACGGAAACUAUUAUGCCGAAUAAAGAACCAGAAGAGGAAAGUAAUUUACCUAUUACUUAUUACACUACCUUUACUUAUUGGACUACACUUUACAAGGAUAAAUCAACGACCAUCACGAGCCGUGAAGAAAUUGUUUCGAAUGUUGUCACUCCAACAGUUCAAGUAUUACCAACUGUCAGUCCAAUUGACACAACCCCCAUUGAAAUAGACAGUGUUCUACCACCAAAAGAUCUGGAAGUCGAGAUAAAACCAUCUUUAAUAGAUGAUAGCUCAGAACCCGAUGACGGUAAAGCAACGUUCUAUACAACAUAUACUUAUUUCACCACAUUUUACGCUGGAAACACUUCGCAAAUAAGAAGUAGCUUAGAAACAGUGACAAACAUUGUGGACAAUACAAAGGUCGCUGAAGACAAUCAAAUAGGGCGCAAAGUUCCGGUUGGUGCUCCAGAAAAUAAUUUGAUUCAAGACAAGGGUGAAAAGGUACUUAUUGCACCUACUUUGGUCAAGGAAGUUAUUCAGCCGACCAAACUACCGGAUAUCUCAUCAGCGUCACCUACAGUACUUUUAGGUACAUACAUUGAUAACCUAUUUGCUGAAGUAAAACCAGACGUACCAACAACUGAAAGCGAAAAGAAAAUUUUGUUUUCACAAGUGGCAGUUAUUUCAGGCGAUUCGACAAUCGUGACAAGCGAUAACAAAACAUUUAAUACGGAGAGUACUACAUCAUCAAUUACCACUACCACAACCACAACCACAGAAAACAAUAAUAUAAGCUCAUCCACAGAAAUUUUAGAGGGUUCAGUUACAACAGAAUCUGAAUCAUCUACAGAAUCUAAGUACGAAGAUGAGGAUGAUGGCACAAAUAGUAGGAAAAAGUCACGUCUUACUUUUAAACCUAAGAAACCGUCAAUUACUCCAGUCAUAACGCCAUUCUCAUCAAGAAAUAGGCCCACAUUUAUUCCAAAACGUGUACCUCUACCCAGUAGUGCUACCACGAUAACUCGUUUAGAUGCAACGCCUACCAUUACUGCUACACCAACAUUGAAAUCUGUUAGGCAGUCCGGUUUCCCAGGUAGCAGAAAGCAGUCCGCAUCGCCUGGAGCAUCUAGUGCCGGCAAACGUUUUCCUGGGCGUAGCAGUGUCAACAAUCCAUCGGCUAAUGCCCCAUCUGCGUCACGAGGUGGAUUUGGAAGAAGUUCCAUUUCACCUACAUCUCGACGAACUGGUUUUAGAACUAGUUCUCUGAGAAGUGGUAGCCUAGAUUACGCUAGUAGAUCAGCUGUUCCAAGAAUUAUUAGGCCUACAGCUUCGUUAAGGCUACCUGCUGCAAGAAACAGUAAACAACCAACUGCAUUAACUAUCCCACCCACUGAUCAAAACGAGGAGACUUUUGGAACUCAGUUUGAAGAAGCUGCUACGGAACCUUAUGAAGAAGUCACUGAACAACCGAUUAGAACGACCAAUAAUCCUUUGCUUAGGUUCAGAAGACCUCCAAUUUUAAGACAACCAGGAACAGCCAUCACUCCUCGUACGACUACACCAUCGAAUAGACGAGGAAUAACAUCUAGAAGUCGAAUCACAACAACAACUAGAAGAUCAACAACUCGUAGUACACCUAAUCCUUUACUGGCAUUGAGGAGACAAAGGCCAAAUGCACUGUUUCCACGAAGAAAUCUUUUCAGACAGCCAGAACCUGAACCAGAAGAAGAAGUCAAAGAAGAUGAACAAAAAGUAGAAGAAGAUGAAGAAUUAUUAGAAGAAGAAGAAGAGUUUGAAGAAGAUAAUGAUUACGAUUCAUCCGACAGAAAAGAGAGACAAGUCGCUACACCACCCACAUCAAAGCCCAUAGUACAAAUCAGACCUUUCGCAUUUAGGCGUCGUACCAAGCGUCAAGUUAACACUGCGAACCGUCGGUACACAAACUUUAGACGACCAGGACUAAAAGGUACAUCCACUAAGCGACCCGAACCAGAACCUGAAACGCAAGCUCCGUCUACACAAAAACCUAGACCAGGUUCACGAUUUAAUAAAGCAACAACGUCACGUAAUAAAGCAACAACGUCAUCCAGUGUAAAAGCUGCAUCUAGACAGCCUUUCAUUAUUCGUGGAGAAAGUAGAACUACAUCGACAGCUGCUACACCAUCGUAUAGAAGAGCAAAGACCCGGACUUCAUCUAGAACAACUACAUCGGCUUCUAGACCGAAACUACCAAGAUUAUCUGCCAAGACUUCAACCUCUAGGUCAAGUCCGUCUAGGGCAACGACCAGGGCUCGUACCCGUACAACCACGAGUAGAGCAUCAAGCAGACAAAGAAGCUCAUUUGAAAAUUUGAGUGGCGAGAGAUUCAACAAUUUUAACAACAUUCUUAAUGACGGAAAGAUUACUAUUACUUAUCAAAUACCAACAGAGGUCACUAUUCCUUUUGUAAACGGCAAAAUAACGGAAUACAAGAAUGUUUUGUCAGCUACCCCUAGCAUUGAGACUUUAUUACUAAAUCAAGUUUCGACAUCUAUAGGGCCAUUAGGUCAGCAGCAAUUAGUACUUGCCGCGGAAUCUACCGAACUAGCAGAAAACGGCGCUACAAAACUAAUUAAAUAUCUACUUCAUGAAACCCCGACAACUACAGUGAUUUUCACACCCACAACUAUAAGGGGCCGUAAGACUUCGUUCUCUCACAUUUUACCUAGCACAGUAUACAAUGUCGAAUCCGUAACUCAGACUGUGGCUCCAGAAAUUAAUACAAACGUUCCCUUGGCCAAUUUGCUUCUAUCACAACUUUUGCUUGGCAACCAACAACCUGCGAUCAACCCUCUCCUAGCAUUCCAAGGACAGGGAUUGUUACCGCAGCAACCUAUUGUACAAACUCCUGUAACGGAAUAUAAGACUAGAGCCACCACUUAUGUUACCACAAUCACUGAUGCUAGAGAAACAGUUUUGCCAAUUACAUUCAGAGGCAAGGCAAUUUUGACUACAAUUGUAGAUCCCACGACAAAUGUUAUAACCGCUACUGAAUUCGUUACGGAAACUGUGAUUACGACUCCCACUGCUUUAGGUCCAUCUCCGCAGUUGAAUUCGCUGCUUCUUCCUCUCUUACUUCAGCAACAGCAACAGCAACAGCAGAGCCUUUCGCUUCCUACAGUAAAUCCCUUAGCAGGAUUGGGCCAGUCAGACCUUAAUCUAAACAACUUAAAUGCCCUUCAAAACAAUUUUAAUAAUGACAUAUACAGUAACAGCCCCAAACCUAACAUCCUAUCAGAUCUGAAUAGCAACGAAAACUUCUCAGAUGAUUACGAAAUAGAUAACGAUGAUGAUUCCCCUCCACCGCCGCCUCCUUCUCGGUCAAGAAGCAAGCAAAAAGCGCCUAAGCCCGCACCUCCACCCAAGCAAACCAGUGUUGUCACUUUAUACGUAUCUGGUAAGCAUCCAGGUGAAUUCAGUACAGUUCUAUCAACGGUGAUCAGUGAUGACACACAGACGGUUAGGAAACGCGAAGCCAUUUAUUAUGAGGACGCCGUAGUCUCUCCAUCCAUUUUACCAACAAUAGACGAGCUGUAUGGUUCACAAUUGGAUAGUAGCGCAACAAUCUUACUUUCAGACAGAGAUAGAUUCUUAGAUGACUCCUCAUUUGAGAACCAGAUUGAAACCCAAAGCCUGGAGAGUAUUGUAGGUGAAAUCAGUAAGCAUAUAAAAUAUAACGCGUCACCAACGUACGUCGUAGACUUGGGCAGUCCUUCUUCAAUCAGGCAUAUGAAAGAAGGAACUUCGGUCGAUGAUAUUUCGUGAAAAUUAUAUUCCAACAAACGGUCUGUUGUAUAAAGUUAUGGUUUAAUUAUUUAUUUACAUUGUAUUAUAAUAAGUUAACUAUGAAUAGUGCCUUAUAGUUUUAAACGUAGUGUCUAAGAACAGAAUACUCUUUUGUACUUGAUUAGAAUAUGUUUUUCGAUUAAGGACACCAAAAAUAUUCCUAUGUUACCAUAAAAAAUGUUGGUAUAGAAAUAUUGUAGGUUACAAUCUGUACACUGCCUAAGAAUAAGUUUUAAUUGAACUUAGUUUACGAAUUCAAUUAUUAUCUAUAAUACUCAUACUUUU